GGGAACGUUUCGCCGUGGUGGACGGAACAAGAACAGCUACCCUCUGCCAGGCACGUUCCCGGACCUUGAGGAUACCGCGGAGAACCAGGACGUAUCCACUCUUGUUUGGUCUCAGAGGAGGGCUGAACUGCUGCUCCUGGAGUCCUGUGUAUUUAAAUGCUAAGUGAAACUAAGAGAGGGAAGAAGACGACCGAGGUGACUGGAUUUGCUGUCACAGUCUGUCAAGAUUGAGGGAUUAGAGCAACAGAAAUCAUGGAGGACGAGCUCAUGUUCAGCAUGGAGGAGGACGGCAGUGCCAAGAGGCCUUCUGCCCAGCGAAGUGCCCUCAAACACCGAGCAUCCUCCCUCAGUGAGUCCAACGCCAGCGAGGAUGACGAUGAAGACCACUUCAUCUGCCCAAUCCUGGAUGACUCAGCCAGAGAAGUGUGCAGUCACCUUAAAAGCCUGGUUUACACACGGCAGCUGUCAAACUCACUUCCUAAAACCAACUUUAUGUACAGGGCAACAUGGCUGCACGCCAUUGAAAAGGCGAAAUCAAUGCCCGACCCUUGGGCACAGUUUCACCUGGAGGACAUAGCGACUGAACCCUGCAUUCGUUACAGGUACAAUGCCGUUACAGGAGAUUGGUUUCAAGACCAGAUCCACCUCAAGAUGGCUGCACAGCCUUUUGGGAAAGGGGCCAUGAGGGAGUGCUUCAGAGCGAAGAAGUUGUCGAAUUUCUCACACAGCAGCAACUGGAAGUCGGCAUCCAACUAUGUGGCCAAGCGUUACAUGGAGACGGUGGAUAGGAGUGUUUACUUUGAGGAUGUCAGGCUGCAGAUGGAGGCCAAACUUUGGGGCGAGGAGUACAAUCGCCACCGACCUCCCAAACAGGUGGACAUCAUGCAGAUGUGUGUGGUGGAGAUGAUAAACCGACCCGGUAAAGCUCUCUUCCAUCUGGAGCAUUACAUCGAGGGCAAGUACAUCAAAUACAACUCCAAUUCCGGUUUUGUGAGGGACGACAACCUCCGCCUCACUCCACAGGCCUUUAGUCACUUCACCUUUGAGCGGUCGGGCCACCAGCUGAUCGUGGUGGACAUCCAGGGAGUUGGAGAUCUCUACACUGACCCUCAGAUCCACACAGCGAAGGGGACCGACUAUGGAGAUGGAAAUCUAGGUGUGCGAGGCAUGGCCCUGUUUUUCCACUCUCACCUGUGUAACAAGAUCUGCAAGAGCAUGGGCCUGACGCCGUUCGACCUUUCCCAAGCUGAGACGUCUCAGCUGGACUGCACCAACAAACUGCUUAAGUCAGCCCAGACGGUGCUGAGGGGGUGCGAGGAGCACUGCGGUUCUCCUCGUGUUCGCACCAUGUCAGCCAGCCGGGCGCCUCCGCUCCUAUCCCGCCUGUCUGAGACCUCGUCUGCAGAUGAGAGCAUGAGCGAUGUGGAAUCUAUCCCCUGCUCCCCUCUCAUCCUUCCUUACUCCCCCCCAGCUGCAGCUGGCUCUCUAGGCUUAUCUUUUACCGGCAUGUGUGAACACGACAGACUGAGCAACACAAGUGAACACAGGGAAUCAGAAAACAGCGGGGACAGCGGCUACCCCAGCGAGAGGAGGAGUGAAGGGGAUCCGAAUGACCACAUAGAUGGGCUGACAGAGGAGAAGUGGACCUUCUUUCACUCAUCCCGCGCUCACGUCCACCGACCUUCCUGUGUGGCCACAGAGGUGGAACGACUCAACAAUCUGCUGCAGAAGAAGAUCGGCCAGUCGAUUCUUGGAAAGGUCCAUCUGGCGAUGGUGCGGUACCACGAAGCGGGCCGUUUCUGUGAGAAGGACGAGCAGUGGGACCAGGAGUCGGCCAUGUUCCACCUGGAGAGAGCUGCCUUGUGUGGAGAGCUGGAGGCCAUCGUAGCCUUGGGACAGUGCUGUCUGCAGCUGCCUCAUCAUAUACUCCCAGAAAUGCAGCUGGAGGAUAAUGCAGGAAACAGGAUGAGAGGGUUCAAGUAUCUGCUGCAGGCUGCUGAGGCCGGAGACAGAUCUUCAAUGAUCAUAGUGGCCAGAGCCUUUGAUACUGGGGCCAGUCUGUCUGCUGACAGAAAGCAGGACUGGUCUGAAGCGGUUCACUGGUAUGACAGCGCGCUGAACAUGAUGGACUAUGACGAGGGAGGAGAGUUUGAUGGGACUCAGGAUGAGCCUCGCUACCUUCUGCUGGCCAGAGAGGCAGAGAUGUACCAAGAGGGAGGCCACAACCUCGCCGCAGACCCACAGAGAGCAGGUGAUCUUUUUACUGAAGCCGCAGAAGCUGCCAUGGCGGCCAUGAAGGGUCGACUGGCCAACCAGUACUACAUGAAAGCUGAAGAAGCCUGGGCAUUAAUGGAGGAGUGACUCCAGAGCCACGGGACUUGAUGUGUGGCUGUUUUUUACACAUUCAUGGGAAAACCUGAAUGAUUUCAGUUUACAUUACUUUUUUAUGACAGAAUUUUUGCUGUUGGCAGUUUGUGUGUGUGUGUGUGCGUUGAGCCAUUCAGGAUCAUAUUUUUAUCUUAAGAAUUCUUUCUGUAUGCUUGUAAAGCUAGACUUCCUGGCUCCUCUUUACUUUCACAUCAAGGAUAACAUUUAACGUGAUUCUGUGAAUAUAAUGUUUGACCUAUCAAAGAAGAUUGUUUACUUAUUUUGAUCCAGAUGUUAACACAUUUAUGUUUAAGAGAAUUCAUGUAAUGGAGUAUGAAACUGUAAAAUAAAAGUUUGCCUUGCUUUUUA